AUGUCGCCACCCAAGGUGGUCGCCGGGCCAGCCUGUGUGGUUGGCGAUGAAGGUCGUGGUGACAAUUUUGCCGAUUCGUUCCCUAGCGGAGGACCUUGGACGCCAAGGCGGCGGCCUCGGACGGUGAGGAAGCAUUCGUCAGAUGUGCUAGCCGGCUUCCUUGGCUACACGGGUGGAGAGGAUUCGGCUGAUUGUGGUCGCAACCCGGAUUCCCCACCUUCUGCUCCAGAUCUGAAGGUCAAGCUCAUCUCCUCCUCAAUUAAUUCCCCCACUGGCCCUGUCUGCUUUGUAGCCUUGAUCGCUGGAUCUGGUUCUAGCGGGGCUGGUGGUGUAGGAUCGAUUCCGGGGAAACCCUUGUUUGGUUCUCCGGUCAUGACUAAGAAAAGUUUGAAGGACUCCAUCGGCAUGUACACGGUCCAAUGCUACAAAUGUAAGAAAUGGCGCAAGAUCCCAACGAAAGAGGAGUUCGAGACGAUCCGCGAGAGCUUAGCCGAGGACCCCUGGUUCUGUGACAGGGACCCCAGCGCCGGCCGUUCCUGCAAGCAGCCGGAAGACAUUCCGUGCGACAGCAGCUGCAUCUGGGUCAUGGACAAGCCAGGCAUCCCGCGCCCGCCACCUGCGACGGAGCGGCUGGUGAUCAUGCGGCGUGACCUGUCCAAGAUGGACACCUACUACUUGCUACCCAACGGGAAGCGCGCGCGGUCCGGCAGCGACGUGGAGAAGUUCCUCCAGGAUAACCCGGAGUAUAGGGCGAACCUGCCGGCAUCAAAGUUCUCCUUCGCCGCGCCCAAGAUCGUUCCGGCGACCGUGAGAGAGAGCUCACUAUGGAGGGUUGCCAAGGCCGAGAGGGAAAAAGUUUGA